AUGGGUUCCAUGACGAAGCCUAUAGCGGGGCUCGAAAAGGAUAAAGAUGAGGUUAGUUGCAUCAGUCAAGAUAGUCAGGAGGAUUUGGUGUCAAUGGUUAAGAGGAAGGUGGAAUCGCUAAGACUAGUAAUGUCUUAUGCUUACUCCUCAUAUCAGUCAUCUCUAGAUCUUGCGAUCACUACUGCAGUACUCGAAAUUAGCAAUAGCAGCACAAAAUCCUUCCACACAGCAAACUCUUGCGGGUCCCAGCCGGAGCUCCUUCAGGCCGAGUCCAAUCAGAAGGCCAACCCCAAGGAACCUUCAGGUUUGCCCAAGGAUGCUAAAUCGAUCAACGGAAAUCCCACUCCGAAGGCCUUCACGUAUCCCAUUGAAGUCCCAGAGAUGACAACUUCCUCCUCUGAGGCAGAAGACUUCGUUCACGUCAACAUGCCAGAUCAAGGAGAGCGAGCUAAGCUUAAUGAUGCGUACAAGAAGAGUUGGGAGUUCUGGCGCCGAUAG